AGUAAUCCACAGUUUUUUGAAAUUAAUCUACAAUUUAUUGAAAUAUCAGUUCUUUUUUUGGUAAAUUUACAGUUUUGUGUACUCCCUCGGUACUUUUUUGUUCUCAGUGUCGAGGCAGGGAUCAAAAGAUGGGAGAAUCAAAGGAAACACACAUAGUAGAAAUCCCAAUUGUUGAAGAAUUCCAAGACCAACAAUCAAAAACAGCAAUAAUAAUCCAACAACACCCAAUGAUGGAAAUCUCGAAAAGUCCAGGCCAUCUCCUCCUCCUUAAACUUUGGCAAAGAGAAGAACACCUCUUCUCCCACCGCAUCUCCGUCGCUGAAACCAAACUAGACACCCUCCGCCGCGAAAUAUUCCACCUCUGCUGCUCCUUCCUCGUCUUCCACGCCUUUGUCACCACCCUCCUCUUCACUUCCUCUGCCGCCGAAGCUCAAUUGGGUGUCAUCCGGUGUAAUAAGUGGUGGGUACCUUCCUUCCUCGGGGCGUCCACCUCGGCCGCAAUAGUGGUAUUGGUGCAAGUGAAGUUGUGGAGGUACUGGAAGGUGACUGAGCGAGUGAAGAGAGAGAAAACAGAUAGCCGGGCCCUCGGGCGGGCAGUUCAGGAGCUUAGAAUGAAAGGGGCUAAUUUUGAUCUAUCAAAGGAGAUGAGCUUUUGUGACAGUAGCAAGAAGAUUAAGAAAAGCUCAAGUGUUGAGAUUAAGUGGAAACCUAAGAUUUGGUGUUCUAAUAAUUUAGUAACUUUUUGCUUAAUUUUGUUUGCAGGUCUUGCAUUUCCUGCUCCCAAGUUGUUUCUCUGCAUAAUUUGAUUAGAUUAAUUCUCUAAUUACAACAAUUGGGGAUCAUGAAAUGCUGGACAUGGAAACACUUGAGAUUGAGGGAUGAAGCAAUGUGGUCCGGUUGACUUUUAAUUUUUUACACAUAUAUUGGAAUUUGAUAAUUUGUACAAACAAAAAGAAAGUGUUUGACAGAAUAUUGGUAUUGUGGUCGUCAACUGGGAAAAUCAGGGUUAUAAUACGAGCACCACUUCUUGUGUGCUUGAGAAGAUCAUCAAUUUUUUGAUUCUUUUAUUCAAUUGAAAAUAAUAAUGACAUAUUUUAUUUGAUUCCUAGUUA